AAAAGAAGAAGGAAAAGGAAGGAGGAAGAGAUGGACGUUCUGUUCGGGUCGAUCGACGUCCGAGAUCUUCUCUCGACGCAAGACCUAGAACCCACCUCCCCUCUCUCCGCCCCAGAUCUCCGCCUCCUCAUCGACCGUCUCAAUCUCCGCUCUCUCCACAUCAAGCAAAAUGCCCUUUCCUAUCUCUCUUCCCACCACUCCCAUUUCUCCCAUCUCCUUUCCCUCUCCUCUCUCACCUUCUCCAAAACCCUAGACCUCUCCUCCGACCUCUCCUCCCUCCUCUCCCUCCUCUCCGACACGUCUCCCCUCGACGUCGACAUCCGCCAUCUUGCCAGUCAGAUUUCCUCCAAAAGGAGUGAGCUGGAGGAGCGCAAGGAGGCGCUGCGCCUCGUCCGCUGCAUAUCAGCUUUGAUCGGACGGCUGGAAUCCGCGAGGGAGGAUUUGAGGGGUGGCAUGCUCAUUGAGGCCGCAGCAGCCGUGCGGGAUUUGAAGAAGGCAUUCGGAGUCUCUGGAUCGGACCAUGAGGAGGAGGAUGCCACACUGCCGCCAGUAUUUCGGCUUUUGCACGCAGAGUGGAUGGAGUGCUUCGAUGAGGUUCAAGAUGUUCUGGCAAGGAUUAUGGAAAAUGCAGUUACAUUUGAACCAGAAAAUGGUAGAGUGAGAGUGAAGUUACGGUUGACAGUGGGUGAAAUCAAAAGUGUCGAGCUUCGUACCGUUUUGAUGGCAAUGGAUAUAGUUGGGGUCCUUGAUUAUGGGCUAGCAAAGGUAGCGGAUUCGAUGAUCAAGCAUGUUAUGAUUCCAACUGUUCGUAAUGGACUUGGCGUUGGUUUUGUUGAAGAACUGAAUCGGGACUCCCAGCAAAAAGAUGAGGCGAUCCUCAGUCUAAUUUUAUCUCCUAAUUAUCAGGUUGAAUACUCGAAUGGUGCAACUAUUUUUUCAAGGCUUCUUCAAGUUACAAAGUUUAUUUACAAAUCAAUAUGCUUCAGCAAUGGAACAUGGAUGCAAUGUUUUGGAAGAUUGACAUGGCCAAGGAUUUCGGAGUUGGUGAUAUCUGAAUACCUUUCCAAGGCUGUUCCUGAUGAUUCUAUAAAGAUUGCAGAGCUUCAGAAUGUUGUCAAACUUACAACUGAAUUUGAGACUGCUCUGAAGGAAAUGAUGUUUAUUUCAGCAACUGAUAGAAAGGAUGAUAAGUUGAGCACUUUUGCUCAAAACGUUGAGGUUCACUUUGCAUCAAGGAAGAAGAAAGAAAUUCUAGCCAAGGCUAGAAAUUUACUUCUGCAACGUGAGUUUGUACUUUCUCUGGAAAAUUUGAGGAAAGGUCCAAAUUUCUAUUCUCAUGGAGUCACCGGGAAUGCUUCUGAUUAUGCUGUUGACUUGCUUUUUCAACCGGAAAGGUGCCUUGUGUCUAAGGCAGCAUCUCAACUCAUGGAACUAGUUCAUCAAACACUUCAGGGUAUUCGUUUGUCAUCCACAAGAGUGGCCAUGGAAUUCUAUCACGCGGCUAGGGAUGCCCUACUUUUAUAUGAAGCAAUUGUACCAGUCAAGCUAGAGAAGCAGCUUGACAGUAUCAACCAAGCAGCUGUUGUCGUUCACAAUGACUUACUUUAUUUAUCUCAGGAGAUUCUUGGGCUUGCUUUUGAGUAUUGUUCAGAUUUUCCGAAUGGUGUCAAAGAACAUGCAGUGUUUGUUGAUAUCCCACCGAGAUUUCAUCAGAUGGCAGAAGAAAUACUGCAAAAGCAAAUCAAAUUAGUUAUCUUUAGCUUGAAUGAGGCUAUAGAUGGCGCCGAUGGUUUCCAAAAUACCCAUCAAAUGCAACAAUAUGAAUCUGCAAAGUUUAGUUUAGAUCAGGUUGUUUUCAUCCUUGAGAAAGUGCAUAUCGUAUGGGAGCCACUCUUACUGCCAUCAACAUACAAGAGAAUUAUGUGUAAAAUCCUGGAUUCUGUAUUUUCCAGAAUAACAAAAGAUUUACUCCUUUUAGAUGAUAUGGCAGCCGAGGAAACGUUACAGCUUCAGAGGCUGAUCCAUAUCACACUCGAGAGCCUAUCUUCACUUUUUGAGUCUCUAGUUGCGGAUGCCAAAGAAAACGAGAAAUUUUCAGACAGCUACAUAUGGAUUCAGUUAGAAAAGCUCUUACCAUCAUUACGUAAACUUCGAAAACUUGCAGAUUUAUUAGAUAUGCCUUUAAAAUCCAUUACGGCAAGCUGGGAAAGUGGACAAUUGGUUAGUUGUGGCUUUACACCAUUUGAGAUGGAAAAUUUUGUCAAAGCGAUAUUUACAGAUUCACCUCUGAGAAAGGAAUGCUUGUGGAGGAUAGGAAAAGCCAAUUCAUAGAAUCACAAUGCAAUUUCAUUAGAGGAGCUAUCAUUAACAUAUGUAGUUUUGCGAGGGUUUUUUUUUUUUCCCCCUUUCCCCCUUUGUAUAUUUUAAUUUGCAUUUAAGGUGGUACCCUUUGUUGAGGAGGGCUGGGCUUGUAGAAUGUCUGGGGAAACAGAAAAUAUGAGUUGGUUGAAAAGGGGAUGCUAUGGAUUGCCAAAGAAUUAUAGAAAUUCAUAUGAAGUUCUCAAACGACUAGUGCAGGAGUUUGUUGGCCCCACAUGUACAUCAACAGGAUAUUUGAACAGAUCAUCGGUGGCCCCUUAUCAUGAUUGUAACCAUACCCAAAGUGGAGGCUGGUCCUCUUCAGGUGCUUCGCUCUA